UCUUUUCAGAAAACUUGACUUCGACGCCUCCGAAUGUUAUCUGUACUAAAGAAACUUACAAGUCGUACACGAAGUUUACUUUCCAGUGUGUCGCGGACAGAACGGAUAUUAAUCGUCGCAAUCUACCGGGCGAUGUUUCAGAACCGAUAGCGAUUAGAUUGCCCAUUACAGAACUAUACAAUGCAUAUGAUUGCCUCAAACGGAUCCGCAACGGACCUGGGGUCGGAGUCGGUGAAAGUUAAAGCGCAUUACUGCGGAGACAUGUUGAUCACAGACCUGGCUGCCACUUUAACUUUUGUGGAGCUUUGUGAGGAGGUGAGAGCCAUGUGCAGCCUUACCCAACAACAGCCCAUCACACUCAAGUGGAUUGAUGAUGAAGGAGACCCUUGCACGAUCUCAUCUCCGCUGGAGCUUGAGGAAGCAUUUCGUAUUUAUAAUCGAAGCAAAAGAUCUGGACUGCUGUUGCAUGUUUUCCCGAGUAUUCCGGAGCAACCAGGAAUGCCGUGCCCCGGAGAGGACAAAUCGAUCUAUCGUCGAGGAGCCAGACGAUGGAGGAAACUCUACCAGGUCAAAGGGCACCGCUUUCAGGCCAAGCGCUUUAACACGAAAGCCUACUGUGGCCUCUGCAGCGAAAGGAUAUGGGGGCUUGGCGGGCAAGGCUACAAGUGUAUCAACUGCAAACUGCUGGUCCAUAAGCGCUGCCACAGACUCAUCCCUCAGACCUGCCAAAGGCUUAUGGAUCCAGCUAUGCCAUCUCAGGAGCCCCCUUCAGAUGCAAAGAGUGAAGAGGUGGACCUUCCACUAGAUGACACAGAGGACAGAGAUGGAAGACUGUAUUUACCACACAAUUGUACAGUGGACAAAAUUGAAGAGACAGAUGUGGAGGACAUUAAAUCAGUGGUGGACGGAAUCGACGGUAUCAAGCUGUCUCAAGGCCUUGUUUUGGGGUUAGGAGACUUCGACUUGAUCCGAGUUAUUGGGCGCGGCAGUUACGCUAAGGUGCUGCUGGUCCGCUUAAAGAAGAAUGAUCAGGUUUAUGCCAUGAAGGUGGUGAAGAAGGAGCUGGUUCAUGACGAUGAGGAUAUUGACUGGGUGCAGACCGAGAAGCACGUGUUUGAGCAAGCCUCCACAAAUCCUUUCUUGGUGGGCCUCCACUCUUGUUUCCAGACAGAAAGUCGGUUAUUUCUUGUGAUUGAAUACGUGAACGGUGGGGACUUAAUGUUCCAUAUGCAACGUCAAAGAAAGCUUCCUGAAGAGCAUGCGAGAUUUUAUGCUGCUGAAAUCUGCAUCGCUCUAAACUUCCUGCAUGAGAAAGGUAUCAUCUACCGAGACCUGAAGCUGGACAAUGUUCUUUUAGACCAAGACGGCCACAUCAAGCUCACAGACUAUGGCAUGUGUAAGGAGGGGAUCAGACCAGGUGACACAACCAGUACUUUCUGCGGAACACCCAACUACAUUGCGCCAGAAAUCCUAAGGGGAGAAGAUUAUGGCUUCAGCGUAGACUGGUGGGCUCUAGGCGUGCUGAUGUUUGAGAUGAUGGCCGGGAGGUCCCCGUUUGACAUCAUCACCGACAAUCCUGACAUGAACACUGAGGAGUACCUCUUUCAAGUUAUUCUUGAGAAGCCUAUUCGCAUCCCAAGGUCUUUGUCAGUGAAAGCUGCCAGCGUGCUCAAAGGGUUUCUGAACAAGGAUCCGAAGGAGCGGCUGGGUUGCCAGGUCCAGACAGGCUUCACGGAUAUCAAGUCACACACAUUUUUCCGCAGUAUAGACUGGGAACAGCUGGAAAAGAAGGAGAUGACGCCGCCCUUCAAACCUCAAAUCUCAGAUGACUACGGCCUUGAAAAUUUUGACACGCAAUUCACUAAUGAGCCGGUACAACUAACACCAGAUGAUGAGAGUGUCAUCAAGAGAAUAGACCAAUCAGAGUUUGAGGGCUUUGAAUACAUCAACCCACUGCUGCUUUCCACUGAAGAGUCUGUAUGAAGAAGUCAAGGUGUUCCAUCUGGGCUCCUCCUCCAGUGCGUCCGAGCCGCCGUUUCGGCCAAAAGACACCCUGAGGACGAAGGGGAAAUGUUCCUUCCCGCACUACUGGGAUUCCUAAUGUUCUGCAAGAACAACUGGCUCCAUUCCAUUCGGAUAUGUCGUCUUAGCCUUCUUUAUUCCUUUCUGUCCGUUUCAUUCCUCUCAAGCCCCAGAAUGUGUCCAAUUCUUUGAAGAACUGGCUGGUUCCGUGCCUGACAUCCUUUUAUUCCGUCGCACAUUUCUGGAUGAACCACAGCUUCUGUGAAGGACUUGAACAUUUGACAUACACUUUAUUGGUAAUUUGAUGUUAUUUUUAAUCUCAAUAGGAGGGAGGUGCGGUCGACUCAUUUAAAAUAAGAAUGUAUAAUGAUGAAUGAAAAUUUAAGUUAUUGUGUACGAUCACGUAGGUAGUCAAUCCAAAUUUGACGAUGCCUUUUUAUUGAUGCAAGUGCCCCCCCGUUUUGCCCAUAACAACUAGUCGAAUUUUGCUUUUUUAUUUUUAUUUAAGAAGUGCCUCACAGAGCAAACAAAUUCCUGUCUGAUUGCACUUAUGACCCACUUCAGAAUACAGUAGUGUGUACUUUGCCCGGGUUCUUUUUAGAGCACAGCAAACUGAGGCAAUUGUUUUGUUUUGGCAUCAAUGAAUUCCGAAGCACACAUGCAGCGUUGCCAAACCCGACAUCGGAAAUGACUUGAGCCACCCGAUAUCGAUUAGUGAGAAAUUUUCCUUCUUUGCACAUUUCAUUACAGGGUGAAGUGAGUGGGAAAUUUGACAAGCAAAUCUGAGUUUGUGUCACAAGCAAGGAGAUGUUGCAGAGGCUGCAUCGUUUGGACCAGUGGUUCUCAAUCGUUGGGACCCGCGUUUAACUUAUUGUUGCAAAGUGUUUCACUAGCCACUGACAUCAUUUUAAAAAAUUGUAUUUUUGUAUUAUAUUAAUUUGUAAAAAGAAGCGCACCACGUGAUUAACUGCAUGUAUAAAAAUGAAUAAAAUUAAACAAAAUGUCAAAAUGUCACUUAGCACUUUUUUUUAGCGACGUGAAUAUUUUGCAUUUUUAUUAAAUGCUAAGUUUGAUCAGUCCUGAUGAUUGUGCUAUAAAAACACAAAAGGCAUUUGCUUGGGCUCCAUCCGACGAUGUUUAAACUCUAGUGACGGUUGUUUUUGUCGCAUUUGUUUUUUUAUGUGCUGCAGUGAUGUUCACAAUCGCAAAUUAUGACCCCCCCAAUCGUUUUUUUUUACUUGCUGUCCACAACCCAACCAUGAUGGGUCCCAACCCACCAGUUAAGAAUCACUGGUUUAGAUUGCAAAGCUUGGUACACACCUACGAACAAUCUGUCUUCAUUUGAGCAUUUCUCAGCAAAGGCUCAGUUGUCUUGAAAAAAAUUCUCCUGCCAGAUUAUCUCGUGGUGUGUUUUGGAGUUUAAAAACGAGUAUGUGUGUACCCUGCUUAAGAUGUCCCUCCAUAAGCUUGUGGCAACCUUCGUUUAUUGAACACUCAACAGCACAAAUACAGAAUGCAGAAGGUCAUUUGUGUGUACAAGAUUGUAGUUGAGUGAUAAUGUUUCAAAUGUUCACCGCUAUGUCAUUGUGCUCAUUAGGUACAGAAUUAGCACAUAUUUAGUUGGUGGUGUCAGAAAUCAGCACUAUUAUUUCAAUGGAAUAAAUCAUCCUUUGUUGGUCACUGUUUUUAAAUA